AUGCGCUUCUUAGCGCUAAUGGCGGCAAUGUUGCCGUUGUUAGCAAGCUCUAGAGGCUGUGGAUCCCUGCAAGCGGCAACCGUUCCGUGGCAGAUGCCCGUCAAAGAACGGGGAAAGCCCAAAAAGAUCUCAGUUUGUACUCCGAUACUACAUGCGAAACGGAGAGUGUGUCACUGCAACAGCGACGAUACGGAGCCACAACUUUAUCGAUAUAAGGAGGAAUGUGAAGACGCUUGCAUUAACCCUCCGCCAGCUAAUCUUGGCUCUCCUAAAGUCGAUAUCGAUCAGACGUACAUCACAAUUGGCCCUGUCGGCAAUGAUGUUCGCCCCGAUGAAGCGGCUGUGACUCAGAUAACUACCGAAACCACACAGGUACAAAGAGUUUCACGAGCAUGCUGCAUGUGCACCGGUCUAUCAUUUCCCAUUUCUCCCUGCAUGCUAAUCUUUUUUCUAUUGCAUGUCUUUUUCACCACAGAGGUCACUGCAACGAGCACACAAACACCGGCAGUAACGACGGAUGCAACAACAAGCACUACCGAAGAGCAAAAAGUGCUGGAUUCGAGCGCGAAGAUAGCUAAAGAGCUCGUGAAGACGUCAGCUGAAGUCAUCAACAGCAAGGAGGCCGACAACGCAUCCAAGUCGACAUCGACGCAAUCGUCCGCAUCUGCUCCAAAAGACAGGUAUUCAAUCUUCUUCUCCAUGCCGAAGACAAAGGAGUGUGUUGGAGGAGCAGCGCGUGGGCCAUGCUCUGCAGCGCUGACUCGAUGGUAUUACGAUGAACAGGAAGCGAAAUGCAAGAGAUUUACGUUCUCGGGAUGUGGUGGAAAUGGAAACAAUUACGACACCGAAGAGGCAUGCUCUCAUCGAUGUGCCCCUCCACCUAUGGGACUGCCGAAAUGCGAAAAAGGUGACGCAUUGAAGAGAAACUAUGCGCAGGUGAAUUGUGCCAAGUCCGACUGUCCGUACGGCUACAAGUGCAGCAUCGUCCAACAAACCAGCGUCUGCUGUCCUGAAAACAAUAAAAUUAUUGGUCUCCAAACAUCUGGUUCUGCGGACGUAUGCUCGUUACCAAAGGAGCGAGGGCCAUGCGACAAAUAUGAACUGCGUUUCUACUUCAACGCUGAGCUCAAGGAGUGCAAAUACUUCUUCUGGGGAGGAUGCCAAGGCAACAAAAACAACUUCGAGAAAGUAGAGGACUGCGAGUCGACUUGUGGCAUUGCAAAAGUCAGAGACAGCAUUCCAACGACUCCCGCUUCUACCACUCCAGGCCAGCGGCUGCCUUUCCGAACAACUCAGGGAAUUCGUAUCACACCAGGCAACUUCUCCAGAAACGAGGACAACUCCGCUCCGGAAAGCCCCACAACGGCGGCCUCACCCUUACCCAUCGCAACCGCUUCCGGGCGGGUUCUUCCGUCUGAAGCCACCUCCGCAUUCGAAUCGUCAGUGACACCGGAAGUGCAGAGGAUGCGCACUACGGGCUCUGCAACAGUACAUGUGGCGCCUACUCGUGCUCCACCCAUCCCUCAGAUGGCACACUGCUGGAAGGAGUGCAAAUACUUCUUCUGGGGAGGAUGCCAAGGCAACAAAAACAACUUUGAGAAAGUUGAGGAUUGCGAGUCGACUUGCGGCAUUGCAAAAGUCAGAGACAGCAUUCCAACGACUCCCGCUUCUACCACUCCAGGCCAGCGGCUGCCUUUCCGAACAACUCAGGGAAUUCGUAUCACACCAGGCAACUUCUCCAGAAACGAGGACAACUCCGCUCCGGAAAGCAUGUUCUAUUUCAAGAUCUGCGAUGUGUUCACUUACACCGGAUGUCAGGGAAAUGGCAACAAUUACGCUAGUCGUGAGGAAUGUAUGGCAAUCUGCCACAAAGAAUCAGCUCCAGUGGUCGUCAGUGACUUCGCAAAUGUUUGUAAGCACGAUGUGGACGCUGGCGAGUGCAAUGGCGUAUUCCAGCGCUUCGCCUUCGACACCGAGUCCGGUGAAUGCCGUCCCUUCACUUACGGUGGCUGCGGUGGUAAUGGAAACAAUUUCGCUACACUUGCAGAGUGCCGUAUCAAAUGCCAAAAAGUUGCUCUCUCCCCUGGCAAUCUCUGUGAGCACGACAUCGAAGUUGGAGAGUGCAGUGGAGUCUUCGUGAGAUUCGGUUACGACAAGUCAACUAACGAUUGUCGUCAGUUCACUUAUGGAGGUUGUGGAGGUAACGGCAACAACUUCGCUACUAUCCAAGAAUGCCGCAACGUGUGCAUAAAGAAAGUAUGCAAUGCAAAUCCGCAGUGCGAUUUGACUCGCUGCCAGAUCGUCAACGAUCGUAACGGAUGUCCGUUCUGCAGCUGUCCACCAACUAAUCAGCCAUUGCCACCAGGAGCUGGACAGUGUCCAGAAGUCGACGCGGACAAGUGCAAAGAGCCUUGCAUUGUCAUCAACAAUAGAAAAGGUUGUAAGGACUGUGUAUGCCCUUCGCUGCCCGGCUCUAUCAACCAGCCACCGGCUUCAUUUGAUGAGCAGGAUGUGUCUCCACCGGCACCAUCAACGCCCCGUCCUACCAACCCGACGGCUCGUGUGAAUGCAAGCUUCAGUACCUCUCCUGCAAGCACCAGUUCAUGUGGCGCCUUACUCGGACCAACGUCGUCGCGCUCACCUCCAGGCACACAAUCACUGGCACAUUCAUACGUCAAGGAGCCUGGCCCAUGUAAACAUUUCGUCGAUCGCUGGUUCUUCAACGUGGAGGACGGAACUGCCACCCAUUCAAGUACGGUGGCUGUGCAGGCAACCGUAACCACUUCUUCUCCCAGAACGAAUGCGAGAUUCACUGCGCCCGUUUCCUACCCACGAGCUGAUACUGUUCCGCCCACGAGAGCUCAACCGACAACAGCAGCACCGCAAGUCACUGAACAUGACCAUCUGAUCAAUGCCGUGCUCAGAGAGAACCAACCUUCUGUUCAGCUCCCCGCUCCAGAAAUCCUAGAUAGAUCGCAGCAACCUCGUCAGCAAUCCGUCGCUACUCAUCCACAUGUCUACAGAACCAAUUCAAUAGGGAAUUACAAUCCGCAACAAAACAACAAUCUGGCUGGAUUGUCCCCUCCUGUGGAUCCCACCUAUUUCACAUACAAUUCACAGCAUCUCGGGGGAAGUGGCAAUCGUCAAUUCGCCGUGAACGGCAUGCCAUUCAACAGACAAUUGCCUUUGACGAGAACCAGCUGGAACCAGUCGCCGUUCCGCGGUCAAGAAGCGCGAGCAAUGGCACCACAGACUUUCUCUGCCGUGAGACCUGAUCAGCAAUUCCAACCAAUUAUGCAAACGAAUCAAUUCAAUCAACCUCAGGCUCACGUACCACAAUUAACCAUUCGGAAUCCGUCUGCAGAUGCCGUUAACGGUGCUGGGUUACAGCAGCCCUCUGGACCCACAAACUUCCCAGGGAGAAGAAUCCCCCAUCCAGAAAUGGACAUUCCCCGACAAUCGAGUGCCCAGAAUCGUCAGAUGGAAGCAUUUCCACCAGACACGACUCCUUUCACUCCUCAGUCGCACGUAGCGACGCAAUCUGAUACAAACCCGGGAGGGAAAACCUCUGAGCAUGCAUUGUUUGAGCCUAGCCGUGGUAAUGCACCUGAGUUCAAGACAGGCCCAUCAGCUCAUAGCCAGGGAGCUAAUCGCUCACCUCUCCUUGCGCAACCCACCAUCUCUUCCUUUGCCGAUGAGCAAUCUCGCCCAUCUUCCUCCAUGCAGUCAUCGAAAUUCUCUGGUGUCCCUCAAGGAUUUUCCCAGCAUUACAGAAAUACACCGCCAUUCAUGCUCAUGGUUCAAAACGAAUCAAGAGGAGGGCAGCCAAUGGAACCUGUUCAUACAUCACCAUCAGCUCAUAGUCCAGAGCAACCAACGAACAGUCAAGUGGAACAGCCGGGUAAAGGCAACCGCGAACACGGCACCGCUAGUGAGCGGAGCUCGCUCGGCCUCUGA